CGAGCCCGGAGCCCGACCGAGGGCCGCGGCCCCGCACCAGCCCCACGCAGCGAGCGAGCGCCUUCUGCCUUCUCCGCACCAGGGAAGCCCCACCCACCUGAAGCCAAGAUGUCCAGUAAGCGGGCCAAGGCCAAAACCACCAAGAAGCGGCCACAGCGGGCCACUUCCAAUGUCUUCGCGAUGUUUGACCAGUCCCAGAUCCAGGAGUUUAAGGAGGCCUUCAACAUGAUUGACCAGAACCGAGAUGGCUUCAUUGACAAGGAGGACUUGCAUGACAUGCUGGCCUCACUGGGAAAGAACCCCACCGAUGAGUACCUCGAGGGCAUGAUGAGUGAGGCCCCAGGGCCCAUCAACUUCACCAUGUUUCUCACCAUGUUUGGGGAGAAGCUGAAUGGCACAGACCCUGAAGAUGUGAUCCGAAACGCCUUUGCCUGCUUCGAUGAGGAGGCCUCAGGUUUUAUCCAUGAGGACCACCUUCGGGAGCUGCUCACCACCAUGGGUGACCGCUUCACGGACGAGGAAGUGGACGAGAUGUACCGAGAGGCACCCAUUGAUAAGAAAGGCAACUUCAACUACGUGGAGUUCACCCGCAUUCUCAAGCAUGGUGCCAAGGACAAGGACGACUAGGCUGCCUCGGAUGCCCCUGCCCAGGCCCCUGUCCCACUCCUGUUCCCCACUCACUGUGUAUCAGCUCCAUGCCCGUGAUCCUACAGGACCCUCUCAGGGGAUCCUCCCUCUGAGGGGCUAGGGGCCCAGCUCCUUGUGGGGGAACAGGCUGAGCAAACAUAGUUCCAGGCAAGGGGCGCACAGCCAACAUGAAGCAGGUGUUCCACCAUGACCUCCCCCAUCCCAAGAGAGAACUGUCUUCUAGGGAGCUGGGCCUCAGGGCUGCUCCCCACAGGACAGGCCCUCUGUCCUGUUGGACACAACUUCACAUGCACCCCCAUGCAGGGCAUGACAGCUCUUUCCCAGCCACUGCCACUAACCUCACCAAGGUCCUUUUUCAGAGGGCAGGAUGCCAGACCCCUCCUCUGUGCCCUGCUCAGCCACUAGAACAUAGCCCAUCCCACCGGGAGUGUGAUCCAGAAGAUGCAUGUAGGUUGGACAUUUGACCCAGGGGAGACAGAAUCUUAAAUAGAAGUCUGAGC